AUGAUGACACCGGAUGUUGACCACGAGACCAACCCCGCCUGCCUGAUGGGAGCGGGCGGCAUGAUGCACCACGGGAUGCAACACCAGGAUAUGAACAUCGCCUCUUCGUCACACAAUGCGGACGCCGACGAUGACUACGGUGACGGCGACGACCAGGACCAUUCAGACUCGGGUAUCAUUGGGGACGACGACGGCGACGACACCGGAAGCACGUUCUCGGGAACGUCUACGCUUUCCCAACAAAAGCGCCGUUUCGCUGACGUCAAACCGCCAUACUCGUACAUCGCACUCAUCACCAUGGCGAUCGAAAGCUCUACAAACGGCAUGAUGACAUUGAAUGAGAUAUACGCCUUUAUCAUGAACAGGUUCCCGUACUUCAAGGAGAACCAACAACGCUGGCAGAACUCAAUCAGGCACAAUCUGUCGCUCAAUGACUGCUUCGUAAAGGUUCCGAGAGCACCAGGCAGACCCGGAAAGGGAAACUACUGGGCGCUGCAUCCGGGCUGUGGCGAUAUGUUCGGUAAUGGGAGUUUCUUGAGAAGAGCCAAGCGAUUCAAGUUACACAGACAGAAACUUCACUCGGAUGCCCACGUUCAGCAUGUGAACUCUUACGGACACUUCAGUCUUUAUCCACCGCCAGGCUACAAACCAUAUCCGGCGCUAAACCCGCUAGGUCUCCCGUCCUUCCCAUCACAGAGUAUCGGUCAGUCACAACAAUACAGCCUUCCGAAGCAGGAGCCCUGGGGGACGCAGACGACAUCGUCCUACUCUCCAUAUUACACUGGCGGAUCGAUGACGAACGGCCUCACGAACAGUUUAAGUAACGGUCUGAGCAACAGCCUAACGAACAGUUUAAGCAAUGGAUUUGGUAACAGCUUCGGCUCCGGUUUAGGAAGCUCCCUCGGAGGCUCGUAUCUUCCGGUUUCCAACCCGCCGUCUCUGCCGCCGACCUCUUCCGGCGGGCUGAGCUCCUAUCCCUCGUUCCAACAGAACCCCUACUACCAGCCGCAGUACCCGGGCAAUCUGUCCCGACCCCUACAUUCCCAGUGA